UGUGCUGCUAGCUUUAUUUUUAAGCGAAAUUAAAUAAAUAAUAGCAGUAAAACAACGUCUAAUCAAGUGAAAAUUACUAUCACAGCACCUUCAUUUUCGUGCAAUGAUAUUGUUGGUAUAAAUACCGGUUUUCAGUGAUAUUUUUUGUUUUCCCGGCACCUCUGCACCAUGUCUGAUUCUUCGUGUUAUAUCUUGGAUAAUGGAGCUUAUACAGCCAAAGUGGGCUUCUCCACGCUCGAGCCAAAGAUUGUGCCCAACUGCAUCAUGAAAGCCAAGUCCGAAAGGCGUCGCCCGUUCAUAGGAUCUCAGAUAGACGAUUGCCGGGACGCGUCAGGACUAUUUUACAUUUUACCAUUCCAAAAAGGGUUUUUAAUUAACUGGGACACGCAGAAAACUGUCUGGGACUACAUUUUCAGUAAGGAAUGCUGUCCAGUGAACUUUAGCGAAGUCCCAUUGAUUGUAACUGAGCCCUUAUUCAAUUUUUCCUCAAUACAAGAGGCCAUGACUGAGAUUUUCUUUGAAGAAUACGAAUGCGAGACGCUUUUGAGGAUAAAUGCGACAGAUUUAGCUGAGUAUAAGUAUAGAAAGACACAUAAUAAUGACUGUACAGUUAUUGUAGACUCUGGUUAUAGCUUUACAUAUAUAGUUCCUUAUAUCAAAGGGAAGAAGUUUAAAGAAGGCAUAAUCAGGAUAGAUAUUGGUGGUAAAGUGUUGACAAAUCAUUUGAAGGAGAUUGUGUCGUAUCGGCAGUUGAAUGUGCUGGACGAGACGUAUGUUAUUAAUCAGGUGAAAGAGGACUCCUGCUUUGUGUCGGAAGAUUUUAUGAGGGACAUGGCUAUUGCUAAAGACAAAGGGUCAAAGAACACAAUAAUAAAGGACUAUGUGCUCCCCGACUACACGAGCAUCCGGCGCGGGUUCCUGCGCGACGUGGUGAAGCCUGACGAGGAUCUGGAGCAGCAGACCCUGAGGCUCAACAAUGAGAGGUUCACCAUCCCCGAGCUACUGUUCCAUCCGUCAGAUGUCGGCAUCCCCCAAAUGGGCAUACCUGAAGCGAUCAUGCACUCUAUCGACUUGUGCCCCGAGGAACACAAGGAGAGCCUCCUCGCCAACAUUCUGCUCUACGGAGGCAACACUCUUUUCCCCGGCUUCAGAGACCGAGUCUACAACGAUGUUCGCUCAUUCGCUUUAGACCACUUCGACGUCAAUGUAACACUGGCUGAUAACCCUCUGACAUACGCUUGGGAGGGUGGCAAGGAGAUAUUCAGAGAUACAGAGUUUUAUUCCUUCUGUGUUACGAAAGAGGAAUAUGAUGAGGAGGGGAAAGCGCUCGCGUUUGAGCGGUUCGAUAUAUAGCGGUCGAAGCGAGCGCGCCGGGAGACCGCUGCCUCG